GACGUAUAUACCGUUCCUGGAAUCCACAGUGCUUUUCUUACAUGUCUAAGGACUUUAAGAACUCCAUGUGUAUUUAAAUUUUUUAAACUGUGACUUAAAAUCAAAUCAGAUGGAACAGAAACUGGAAGUGUUACCGUGUCAGUAUUGUGAGAGAGAACCUGCUCUUUUCUUUUGUGUACCUUGUGGAGACGAAUUCUGUUCUGGCUGUAAAUUAUUCCAUCUUAAAAGCAAUGUUCCUUCAGGACAUAAUGUCAUCCCUAUAUCAGAGAGACAAGAUCCUUGCAACAAGGUAAAAAUGUGUGAAAUCCAUGAGACUAAACCCUACGAAGUCAGCUGUGCAGAAUGUAAAGUUCCUUUGUGCUUAUUUUGUGUACAAGAAUCUCAUGGAGAGCACGCCAUAGGAAAACUAAAGGAUAUGUAUGAGGAACAAAAGGGCUUGAUGCUGAAAGAACUCACUGAUGUAAAGAAUGAAUUGAGACCUCAGAUCUGUCAUAGUAUGGAGGACUUAAAAUCUACUAAAGCUGAGCUCAAGGAAAGCCAUAAAAAUAUGCGAACGAAGAUGAAGGAACAGGCUAAACAUGCUAUCGACCAUGUAACUUCCAUUUUAAAUGAAAAACUCAGAGAAUCUUAUCGAGACGAGAAUAAAGAAGAAGCAAAAAUAUCCAGAGAAGAAACUAAAUUAGAGGUUUUCCUUCAACAACUACAAGAUAUUAUUCAGAAAUAUGAGAACCUUACAGAAACUUCUCACCCAGCUGAGCUUAUUUUGUACCGGAAAAACAAUCCAGAUGUAGUUCAGAAACUAGAACUGCCUGACAGAUUACUAUUAACACCCCCCUCAUUUACAGCAGGGCAAAUUAUGGACAAUAAUCAAUUUGGGAAUGUUAAUAAGACAAAGAUUACGUAUCAGAAAACAACAUCAAAGACUAAAAGCUGGUUUUCUUACCCAAAGAAGUGGCCGUACUUCCGAAAUUACCCAAUCAUUUGAAGAAUAAGCUCACUAAUGCAAAUUCUAUUAAUGUAAACCAGUAAGGAUAUGUAAAACUUAUUUCUUUGAGAAAAAGGAUCUAGAUCUCUAUAUGUACCAUGUUGAUUGAGAAUUGAUAGUUUAAGCACUCCAAAAAUCCGCCAACCCUAACACUGCCCAAAGAUGAAGUUGUCCUGGACAAAUGUGAUCACAAUAUGAUUUACAGAUGUGAUGAUAUAUAGUUUUCUGAAUAAAGCUAAAAAUCUGAAAAUUUGAUUUGAUUCAUUUUUUGUUCUUCUGAAUAAUGGAUAUUUUGAUGAUAUUAAAGUGACCUUAAAGUAUGGAGCAUAUUUGAGGCAGUGUCGUUCAUAACUUGUCUCUGUCGAUGAUGACUCCAGAGUGGAACCAAUUAACUUUCAGGGAAGAUUUUGGUUCAAUUAGAUAUGAAUAAAAGAGUAAAAUAAGAUUGUUAUUCAUCAAUCAUUAUUUUUCAUAUGUUAUCACUAUUAAUUGUAAUGCACCCGGCCCAUGUAUAAUGUGACUAUUUUUGACCAGUCAGAAUAUGACCAUUAUUCAAAGGAUAUUAAAGAAAGCGCAUGAAAUUCGAAAUUAUAUUGUUUAUUUCAAUUUUGAAGUGUUAGUUUGUGAUAAAUGUUGUUUUUUCGAAUGGCUGAUAUUUUGACUUGAGCUUUAGACUUCUUCAUGAAUCUGGGGUCUGUAUUCCUUCAUUAAAUAUUUAUUUUAGUGAAACAGAUUUCUGAUAGAUAAUUUGUGAAGGGAGGGGUCAAUAUUUGUCAAUAUUUCAACUGGUUUGCGGGGACGUAAUUUCGUGGACAACUUAUUCAUACAGAAGAUUCAAUUGACUGAUACGUUGAAGGAAUAAUUGUUCGUGGGAACGUUAAUUCAAGGGUAAGGAUGACCGCAAAAUCCACAAACAUUGCACCCUCCCUAACAGAGUUGAUUCUACAAUAUAUAUUUUUCUUUAUUUUGUCAUGUUAACAUGAAAGGAAUAAGUUUUUUUCACCAUAUUUGUGAAAUUGUUCUGGCACAGGACCAGAAUCACUCAUUGAUAAUCUUGAAAUAGAAAAAAAGAGGGUGAAUAAAAGCUUUUUUCCUUCUAAUAUUCAUUUUACAAUAUACAAUCUGUCUGUUUAGUGAGAUCAUGCAUCCGUAGUUAUGAACACAUGAACUUUUGUUAUAAAAAUUUAAUACAUUAAUCAAUAAAAUUGUGAUUAAUUCAA